AAGAAAAUGUUAACUCAGUAGCCAAAAAGCUAAUAGCUUCAGGAGAUUAAUUCUCCCCAGAAUUGGACAUAUACAAAAUCCAGGAAACACAUGGAAGGACCACAGAACACGUUCCUUCCCCUUCUGGGCCAGAGAGAGUUCAACAGUUGAAUUGAGCAUAUUAUAAAUUAGCAUGUAUUUCUCCAAACUUUUUUUCUCAACAGAGAAGUCAGGAAUGGUUGAAGAAAAUCAUACCAUGAAAAACAAGUUUAUCCUCACAGGAUUUAUGGACCACCCAGAGCUGAAAACCCUUCUGUUUGUGGUGUUCUUUGCCAUCUAUCUGAUCACCAUGGUGGGGAAUCUUGGCCUGGUGAUAUUGAUUUCAAAAGAGUGUCGUCUUCACACACCAAUGUACAUCUUUCUGGGCAACCUAGCUCUUCUGGAUUCUUGCUGUGCCUGUGCCAUUACUCCUAAAAUGUUAAAGAACUUCCUUUCUGAGGACAGAAUGGUUUCCUUCUGUGAAUGCAUGGCACAUUUCUAUUUUCUUUGCACUGUUGAAACUGCAGACUGCUUUCUGCUGGCGUCAAUGGCCUAUGACCGCUAUGUGGCAAUAUGCAGUCCACUGCAGUACCACAUCAUGAUGUCUAAGAAACUCUGCAUUCAGAUGACUAUAGGGGCCUACAUAGCUGGGAACCUACAUUCCAUGAUUAAUGUAGGGCUUUUAUUUAGGUUAGCUUUCUGUGGAUCUAAUCAAAUCAACCACUUUUACUGUGAUAUUCUUCCUUUAUACAGACUCUCCUGUGUUGAUCCUUAUGUUAAUGAACUGAUACUGUUUAUCUCUUCAGGAUCAAUUCAAAUCUUCACCAUAGGUAGUGUCUUAAUAUCUUAUCUGUACAUUCUUUUCACUAUUUUCAAAAUGAAAUCUGAAGAGGGAAGAAUCAAAGCCUUUUCUACGUGUGCAUCUCAUUUUUUGUCUGUCUCAUUGUUCUAUGGAUCUCUUUUCUUCAUCUACUUUAGAACAGAUUUGCUUGAAGAAAGAGAUCAGGAUGUACUAGCUGCUAUUUUGUUUACAAUAGUAGUUCCUUUACUAAAUCCUUUUAUUUAUAGCCUGAGAAAUAAGGAAGUAAUAAGUGUCUUGAGAAAAAUUCUGAAGAUAAAAUCUCAAAAAAGUUUGAAACAAAUGACAGCCUCUGUGGCUUAAUGAUUUAAACACAGUAAAAA